UGAUUUUUUUUAAAAUGAACGAUUACGUCUAAAAAUGGUAAAGGGGUAUUGAACAAUGACCUUUUAUAAACAAACUUAACUGCACAUCUACUCAGUCGAAAAGUAUAGUUGGUAACAUUUUACUGAGUUAAAAAAAGAUCUUCGUCUAUCAUUUUUCUUAUAAAAAUGAUGCAACAUAGUUUAUGCUUACUGAUAUUCAACUUUGGAUUAUUCAUAAUUGUUUAUGGAACAAAAUUUGAAGAAGAUGAGUGUAAGAUGUCAAAGGAAGCAAAGCAAAAUGAUUUGUCACAAAUUUUUCAAAAUAUAAAAGAAGAAUACUACAAGAACAAUAGACACAUGGCAUCCACAAAUGAUGACAUAUCGAGCUCUGAAGUCAAAAAGCAGUUUCAUCCAUAUAUUCCAACAUACGAAAAUAUUAAAAAAAAUGCUGACGCUGCAAGACAUCAAUUAAAUAUAUUACAUCAUUUACCUAUAAAUAAAACACUUUUAAAGCCAAGAGAAGAAAGACUUUUAAGUCAGUUUCAAUACUUUCUUGAAUCAAGCUUUGAUAAUAUUUAUGGCAGUUAUUACGAUGGAGUCUGGAUGCUAGGACCAGAUUACUUUUGUGAGCAGCCAAUUUGUGUUAUUAGUAACCACUUGUUAGCUGCCCUUAAGAGAAUAACUGUUGCAAGCGUAAAAGAUUUGGAACUGAUUAUUUACUGGAUACGAGAACAUAGAAAGACAUUUACGCAAUACACUGAAAACGCAAAACAGGGGAUUGAAUUAGGAAUGGUUCAACCCGUUGAAGUUUGCAAAUCGGCAUCUCGGACACUUUCAACACUUUACAGACAAGUUUAUAAUGGUGGACCAAAAAACGCUCUUAAUUUAGGUUUUUCUACUCUUUUACUUGGAAAUGGAAAUAUUUUAAAUGAAUCAUAUUAUAAAUUUAUUACGGAGUCUCAUCUUGAAGAAUUUAAAAACAAAAAUAACGGGAAAGAGUACGUAGAACUUUUAAAAGAAGCGAUCAUUGAUGAUUUUGGCAAACCGCUCAAAGACAUGAUUGAUUACUUUAAAAAUGAGCACUUUGUGUAUUGCUCACCAAGUAGUGUAUCUAGUGGUUUAGGAGGAUUACCUUUAAAGCAUAAAUUCAAAGAUUCCGAGAAACAAGAGCAAAUUACAUCUCACAAACUUCCUACCGGAGAAACAAUUAAUGUUAAGGAAGGUUAUCAAAAGUUAAUGAAAUACUAUACAACCUCUAAUAUUACUGGAGAAAUGGCAACAGAGUUAGGAUACAAAAGAUUACAACAGUUUUACGACGAGGUAUUAGCUCUAGGCAAAAAUGUGACUGGUAAAAAAAACGAAGAAGAAAUGAUUGAAAAGUUCAAGAAGAAGUUGAAUGAAAAAUCUUUAUAUUUUAACAAAUUUAAAUUUCCAGAUAGCGAAUCAGAUGAUAUUGCACACGAAAAGUGUGUAAACGAUGAAGAUGCUAAAGAACUUUGCCCAACUCGAUGGGAGGCAAUUCAACGUUGGUUUGACCACAACGUAAACAUCAUGAAAUCUGCAAAACCAUACAUUCAAGACCUGUUUUACACAGAUGGUGAAAAUAAAACAACACCUACUUGUUUGGUAAAGUUAACUGCAGAAUAUAAUCCUUCCAAUGGUGUCCCAAGUUAUCUGGAAAGUGAUCCAGAUUGUUUAGAACCAGCUAGCUAUUUUGUACCGUUUUUUAAAGCAGAGAUGGGACCUUCUUACGAAGAUUACAAUACAAACUUUCACGAGUCACGGCCAGGACAUCACUUGCAGAUUCAAGGAUUUCUUGAGAACUUUCAAGAUGCUUGUGGUGGAAUUUCAGGUUGGAUUAACGACGUGGUAGAUUAUUAUCCAUCUUUUUCUGAAGGUUGGGGCUUAUAUGCAGAAAAUCCUUUACUUCUCCACGAUACAAAGAUAAUUGAAGAUAAUCCUCUUGCUCGAUACGGAACUCUGAAGUGGCAGAUUUGGCGAGCUCUACGUUUAAUAGCGGAUGUCGGUUUCCACGAAGGAAACCUAACACGAGAUGAUGUUACAAAAUUGUUUUCAAAAUAUACAUGGGACGAGUCUGACACAGUUAUUAAGGAAAUAACACGUUACCAAGGUACACCAGGUCAAGCAACUUCUUAUAUGAUUGGUCAGCAAACAAUAAUUGACCUACGAAACAGUAUUGAGAAACAGCUUGGCGACAAGUUUGAUAUAAAAGAGUUUCAUUACCAAUUGCUAAAACAAGGCCAAUCUCCCUUUCAUUUCAUUUUAAGCUACAUGAAUUCUUACGUAAAAUGCAAACUAGACACAUCUAGCCUAUCAGAUUGCAAUGUUAUCUUAAAUCCACCAAAACCUUCAUUCCAGUUUGUUGAUAUUAAAAAGAAAAAAAAAUUAAAAGAUAUUAAAGCAUUAUUUCGUUUAUUCAAGAAAAAGAAACAUCAUUAACAGUUUUUAGAAUUAUUGGAUUUUUAAAAUUUUAAGUUUAUUACCUAAAUUAACUUUUUAUGAAUAAUUUUAUUUAAUUAAA